GGAGAGAGAGGUGGUAUAUAAGAAUAUAGUAAUAUAAACCAACAAGAAAAAAGAAAAGGAAGAUAUGGGAGGGGAAGGGGGAUUCGAGAGGUCGGUUCCUCCGCACAACCCAUAUGACCCGGGUGCGGUGCCGACGACUACCAGAAUGAUAACGACGACAACAGCAUCAUCGUCAUCGACAUCAACCCCCAGCUCCCCCAACAUUAACAUUAACAUUAACAAUACUUUUGCCGACUCCGCAAUCGACAUGGACUGUUCUCAAACGCCAGACACGACGGCAACAACAACGACAAUGCCAAUGCCAACACAAAUGAAAGCAAUAACACCUUCACCUCAAAAAUCAACAAUAACAAUAACAAUACCAAUUGUCACAGAACGCCUGAUGCGCCUUGCCUGUUUGAUAGCUGAUUUAAAUUCCAGUUCUGGCAACGGCAAAAAUGACAAUGACACCGAUAAUAAAAGUAGUGGCAAGAAGAAAAAUAACCAAACACAUCCCCACAUGCCAUCGUUGCGAUCAUUGUCGCAGCAGAAAUUAAUCGCUAUCAAUCGACGCCUAGAUGGUAUCGAGGGGCUCCUGCUGGAUCUCCAGGGUGACGACGAGAUUGGGAUCGACGGAGCAGACGAAGGGAAAGAAGAAAAUGGGGAUGAGGAAAAUGAGGAAAUCGAGGAUGACAAGGAAGGCGGCGCUGGGAAAUCAAUAACCAAGUUGUCCGCGUCCGGUGCCUCCGCCAGUAUAGGGAACGAACUUGCAAAUACCAGCCCCACAGCAUCAACUAUACAUGUAUCACUACCAGCAUCACCACUGUCAUUGCUAUCGUCGAAUCAACUCGCUCCGCCACAGUUGGUUCCCAAACGGGAACCGCCGGAAAUUGAAUUCCAAGCAAAUGGCAAGGACAAGAGUCAGAGGCAAGUCGACCAUCGCGAGCUGGAAGUUUUAAUGCGGGACUUGCAACGCGUUACGAGGUGUCUUGAGCAGCGACGCACUGAAUGUCUUCAUCUGAACGCUGUGUUCACGGUGAAAUGCGAAAAGCUCGCGCAGCGGAUUCUGGAGAUGGAGGACGAGAUUGAUGAGCUGUAA